GAAUUCAAUGCCAAGUAGAGCGGUUUUACGAAAAAAGGCAAGAAAGGAAAAAAGUCUUAUAAAAAAAUCCAAAUUAGAAGAUCUUAAUGCUCAUAAAAAAGCAAUCAACCUUUUUGAUGGUAAAAACUCUACUCUACUAAAAAAAUCACAUGGUCGAGUUAGUGUUGUGGACCAAACACUCACAAUAGAUGGACCUGGAGAUAAAAAUACUUGUACUAUCACAGAACUAAGUGAUCUUGACCAAGAAAAUUCUAAUGUUUCUGCUCUAACACAUAAAGAACGUAAGAAAAUGGAAGCAAAAAAACGUUUUGCAAAGCAGGUUAAACGAGCCAGUUGCGAGCUUUCCAGUUUAGUUCCCUCAAGCAAUGAAAAGGAAACGAUUUCAGCAGGUGAAAAGCUUCGACAUGAUCCACGUUUUAAGAAUGGAACGUUUUGGCGCGAUCGAAAAGAAAGGCGUUCCCGGACUCUUUUUCUUGGUGGUAUACCAAUCCAUUAUAGUGUUGAAAAAGUCAUUGAUCUUAUAAUGACUCUUCUGGAUGGGAACAAUGAAACAUAUGAAAUCUUGCAAAAUCGGCCAGAAGGAAUAGCUGUGGUAGAAAAAGUUGACUUCUUACCUCUUAAUCACCACUCGAAGGUUAGAAACAUGUUUGUAUCUAUUCAAUCUACUUCUCUUGCAAAGUGCAUAGCUGGUUUAUUGAAUGGGUAUAAAGUAGAGCUAUACGCCUUAAGAUGCAAUUUUGUUGAUGAUAAAAAGGAGAGGGCUGAAGCUAUUUCUCGUCGUGACCAAAAAAGUACUAAAAAGGUCUAAAUAGUAAGUGUCGUGAUCUAAUAUUAGUGGUGUUGACAAUAUUGUA